UGUAUAUAAAUAGCCGAAUUAGACACAGCGGUUCAGUUGUUUCAACGCAGUGAGUUUGAAUAGAUCGCAAUGAGUUUAGCUGGUAAAGUUGUUAUUGUAACUGGAGCAAGUUCCGGCAUUGGUGCCACCACAGCUGUUGAAUUUGCCAAGCAGGGUUCCAAAGUGGUGCUCACAGGACGAAAUGAAGCAAAUCUAAAAGCUACGGAAGCUGCCUGUAAAGCAGUCAACAGCGAAGUAGAACUACUACUCAUCAUCGCCGAUGUAACGACGGACGCCGAGAAGAUUAUCAAAACAACAAUUGACAAAUUCGGACAAUUGGAUGUGUUGGUGAACAAUGCCGGUUUUGGUGAAAGGGGUUCAAUCUUAGAUAUUGACGUCGACCAAUUUGAUCGUGUCAUGAAUACAAAUUUGCGUUCGGUCUUCCUGCUGACUAAAUAUGCCGCACCACAUCUCGUGAAGACCCAAGGUAAUAUCGUGAAUGUCUCCAGCAUCACAGGAUUACGUGCAUUCGCUGGUCUUACGGUCUAUUGCACAUCCAAGGCAGCACUGGAUCAAUUCACCAGAUGUAUUGCUUUAGAUUUGGCGCCGAAAAAUGUGCGUGUGAAUGCCGUAAAUCCUGGUACGAUUGUGACAGACUUCCUAAAGCGUGUUGGCUUGUCAGAAGCGGAAUAUGCUAAAUUUUUGGAGCAUUCGAAAACCACACAUGCGCUGGGUCGCGUCGGCGCUGCAAAGGAAGUAGCUGAUGCCAUUAUUUUCUUAGCCAGUGACAGUUCGAGCUUUAUAACGGGCGCAACUCUGCCGAUCGAUGGUGGCAGACAUGCCAUGUGUCCACGUUAAUAUUCCUGAGAACAGUUAAAUAAAAUAAAAUAAUAAAUAUGCUUUAAAAUA